AUGAGGCUUUUGAGAGGAGUCUGUGUUUUUCUGCUCUCUACUGUCUGUGCAGCUCAGUUACUGGAAAUCCAGCAGCAAGAAUAUGUAAAGUCCAGAGAAGAGGGGACCUACCUCUGUGUGGUGUCCACCUGUGGACACACUCUCACUGGGACAAGGAUCCAUGUGAACGUAGAAACCACAGUUCUCUCUGAGGCCGAGCCCUACACUCUGAUUGUGUCAGUCGUUGUGCUUGGACUGGUGGUGUGUGUCCUACUGUGGGGGAUUUGGAGAAGCAGCCAGAAAAGAGAAGUGAAGCGCUGUGACCAUCGGCCUCUCUCCACUCAGCCUGACGACGGCCUCACGUACACAGCUGGGGAGUUGCAGUCUUCCUCCGGGUCGACCACAGCGAGACUCAGGAGAGACCGAGACUCGUACACAAAGGUAGCGUCCACAGCGAGACUCAGGAUGAGACCGAGAAACCCCUUCGUACACAAAGGUCUGGUACUGAUCAGCCUGCGAAUGAGGGACCCAGCUCUGAACCGCCAUAACGCUUCCAUCAACGUCCCUCGCUCUGAAGAAAUGUUUGUGUUUUCGUCUGUAUGUUUGCUACGUGAAAAUAAAAUCCCAGCUCAUUUUGGAUAG